AUGGCGGCGCUACCGGAUCCUCAGUCCAUUGAAGAGCCCUCGUACAUCGACUACGAGACGUUUCUGUCUCCCGACUUUGCACCCGCCUCGUUCGCCAAUUCUCUCGUCCUCGCCACCAACAACCCCGACGACUCCCCGCUAGAUCUCGCCACACCCUUGUCACGGGUCCUCUUUGAUGCUCAAGAGAUCGACUCGCACAUUGACCUCCUCACAACCCGCUCUGCUGUGCCCUUGCUGCAGUACACCCAAUCGCAGACGCAGGCAAGCAAGGCCAUUGUUGCCCAGCUCGAUGCUCAGAUUUCUAGCCUAAACGACAGCUACAAGCAGCUGGAGAAGGAAGUCAUCGACAAGCAUGCAGAGGCGGAAGAGAUACGGCAGGUCGCAUUGCGUCUGUGGGAAACGCUGAGACUGGGGAGGUCAAUGGGACGAUGUCUGCAGCUCGGAAGACAGCUGCAGGUCCAGUUCUCCGAAUUGGGCGGCCCCAGCACGGGGAAAACCGACUACGGAGCACUUGUUCGAUGCUCGUACACAAUCCUUUCACUGCGUGAAGUGCUGGACAGCAGGGCGCCGGGAGAGGAAGGCCAUGGGCUCGACAAGCUGAACGCAAUCAAGAAUUUACAAGACACUGUCAUUGUACCAAUAGAGCGACGGAUAUCCGAGGUAUCUGAGCGCCUGAUUCGGGAAUUCGCCAUCCCGAGCAACAUCACUUUUGCGCAAAGCGAAGACGCACGAUCACGACUGACAUCGGCCAUGUCUACGUUGUACCUGCUAUCUCCUUCUAUGGGUGUCCAGCCCGAGAAGUGGUCCCCGAAACUGCUUUUACAAGCCCUCGAUACCUACGUUCGUUCUGCGUUACAGGGAAGCACCGCGGCGCUCUCGCGCUCUCUAGGGCAGCUGCCCACGCUAGACAAAUCUCUCGUUGAAGUCGUGUCCCAUUGUCAGAAUAUUGCCUCGCUUGAGUUGAUACUCGAGGCUACUGAGCCUCCGGCCCACCCCUUCUUCCCGGCUUCUGCGAAGAAGAAACAGCAUAGCCUCAUCCAGCUGCUGCUGUCUCGUUUUGAAACGAGUUCUCUAAUUUCCUACUUUUGGCGCUCCAUGGCAAGCAACAUUUCCGCUCGUGUUCAAGAGAUAGCUAGCCGAGGAGGAAUUGUUGCUCGCACCCUACGGACGAAUAAGAACGUUGUUGGGGAUGCCAUUCGGCAAGCAGUCAUUAAGGGGGGCCAAACCCCGAACGUCUUCUCCAGCAGCAAAAAGAAGCCCAGCGUCGAGACAAGCUGGGAUCGAGAAAUAGCUGUUAUGAUGGGAAGCGUCUUGAACAACAUUGGACGAUGA